GAUUAGAAAGUUGGUGGUGGCACUGCAGCUCCAUGGCUACUCGCGGCAACUUCAUGUACUUCCUUUUGGUGCGUCUAUACGUCAGAUAAAUCACAAUUAUGUCGGACGCUGAAGUGGACGAAACUACGUACUCGAGACCCACCAGUGGGGGCUCCAUGGACGUAAAUCAGGCACUGCAGGAAGUUUUAAAGAUUGCUUUAAUUCACGACGGUGUCCUGCGUGGUUUACAUGAAGCGGCGAAGGCUCUCGACAAAAGGCAGGCAGUCCUAUGUAUUUUAGCAGAGAAUUGCAAUGAACCCAUGUUCAAAAAGCUAGUAUCAGCUUUGUGCGCCGAACAUCAAAUCCCUCUCAUCAAAGUGGACAACAACAAAAAAUUGGGCGAAUGGGCUGGUUUAUGUAAAAUAGACAACACAGGCAAAGCGCGUAAAGUUGUUGGAUGUUCGUGUGUUGUUAUAAAAGAUUUUGGUGAAGAGUCGCCAGCACUAGAUAUCCUCCAGGAAUAUCUUAAGAAUGCAAAAUAAUUGUUUUAUAGGAUUUAAUAAAUUAUAAAAUACC